CUGCUUGAAGAUCGUUGGGUCCUUUGUCACCUCCAUGAUUGUGUUUCCGGCUUUUCUGUACGCGGCGUACGCUUGGCUGCCUUUUGAUGCCCCACUAAUGCCGGACAUACCCACCAGGCUUGUCUACACCUUGCGGUGUGCGUCCUUCGCUUCCUUCCCCAUUGUUCUCGUGCAGAGUAUUUCAGGAGAGGAGUUAUAGAGGAAGGAGAGGAGUCCUCCAGCAGUGCAGAGUAUUUCAGGAGAGGAGAGUUAUAGAGGAAGGAGCGGAGUCCUCCAGCAGUGCAGAGUAUUUCAGGAGAGGAGAGUUAUAG